AAGGGUAUUGUCAUACACCCCAACCGUCGGAUGAUCAUUACCACUCACUGCCUCUCUUUUUUUUCUCUUGGAGCCCAAUUGAACACAUCUCUUGUACGGAAGACUAUUCAGCAACCACUCAAAUCUCUUCACGUUAUCUCUUCACUUCUCUAUAUAGUUGGAAGUCUAACAAGAAAACCACACCCAAACUCUAGAGGGAGAGAGAGAUGAAGGAAGAGGGAGCAGAGGAAACCCAUGUUCUGGUUUUCCCAUUUCCUGCUCAAGGCCACAUAAAUCCAUUGCUGCAAUUCUGUAAGAGGUUAGCUUCCAAGGGACUCAAAGUUACUCUAGCCACGACUAUCUUCAUCACCAAAUCUGUUCACAAUGAAGUCAACAAUGUUAGAGUUGAGAGCAUAUCUGAUGGCUUUGAUGAAGGUGGCAUAGAUGCAGUUAAAAGCCCAGAAGUGUAUCUUGAGCGUUUCCAAGUUGUGGGUUCAGAAAGCUUAGCUGAACUAAUUGAGAAACAGCAAAGCUCUGGCUACCCUUUCAAGUGUCUCAUCUAUGACUCUGUUAUACCUUGGGCCUUAGAAGUAGCCAAGAGGUUUGGCUUGUCUACAGCCUCCUUCUUCACUCAGUCAUGUGCCAAUGAUGCUAUCUACUACAAUGUGAAGAAAGGGUUGUUGAGUACUCCUGUACAAGGACCCACGGUCUCCCUUCCCGGAUUGCCAAUACUAGAAACCCAUGAUCUACCUUCCUUCAUCUAUUACUGGGGAUCAUAUCCAACUUUCCUAGACUCCGUUUUAAACCAAUUCCAAAAUGUUGAGAAGGUGGAUUAUCUUUUCAUUAACACGUUCGACAAGUUGGAAGACGAGGUACUGAAAUGGAUGUCAAAUCUAUAUCCAGUCAAGACAAUUGGACCAACUGUGCCAUCAAUUUAUCUGGACAAUAGGGUAGAAGAUGACAAAGACUAUGGUCUGAGUCUUUUUGAAUCAAGAAAGGAGACCUAUAUGGACUGGCUAAACAUGAGAGAAGAUGGAUCUGUCAUCUAUAUAUCCUUUGGGAGCAUUUCUGAACUUGGAGAGGAGCAGAUGGAGGAAAUAGCAUUGGGUUUGAUUAGUAGCAACCACUAUUUCUUGUGGGUAGUGAGGAAAUCAGAGGAAAACAAGCUCCCCAAGAGUUUGGCAGAGGAUAAGUCAGAGAAAGGGUUGGUGGUAGCUUGGUGUUCUCAAUUGGAGGUGUUGGCUCACAAGGCAGUAGGAUGCUUUAUAACUCACUGUGGAUGGAACUCAACCAUUGAGUCUGUGAGCUUGGGAGUGCCAAUGAUCGCGAUGCCGCAAUGGACAGAUCAAACUAUGAAUGCUAAGUUUGUGGUUGAUGUAUGGGAAGUAGGAGUAAGAGUUAAAUUGGAUGAGAAGGGGACUGUUAGGAGGAAAGAGAUAGAGAAAUGUGUAAAGGAAAUUAUGGGGGGAGACAGAGGAGAAAAGAUUCAGAGAAAUGCUUUUAGGUGGAAGGUGUUGGCCAAAGAGGCUAUAGAUGAAGGGGGAAGUUCUGAUAAGAACAUUGAUGAAUUUGUAGCUUCACUUUUAUGUGCUUGAUUUUUCUGUUCUCAUUAAAGAAUUUGUAGUUGUUUAUUACUAUAUAAGCAAUUGAAAAUGAAUGAUAUUUCUAUUCUGCUGAGAAAA